CAAUGACUGGUCCCCACAAAGAUAGUGAAACGCACUAUGUGUGUGUGUGUGUGUGUGGGCCUCAUCUCUCCAGUUUGCAGUUUGCAGCUGUGAGUGUCUGAAAGAGGGCAGUUUGAUCAGCCCACACACACACACCUCAGCUCGUUCUCUGCGACCGAGCCGAGAGUUUGAUGCCAGUGAGUCACCUCGUCGGUUGUCUCUUUGGACAAACUAUCCUGAGCUGAUGGUCGGUCGCCAUCUUGCACGGACGAGGACAGCAUCACAGGGUCUGUGGCGGGAACUGAAGCGAUCUGAUUGGUAAAGAUGGGACCAUAUGGCUCUUGUCCUGACUGGAUUCUGUCCCAGAUAGACAUGGGUGCUGAUUGGAUUUGUGUUGCGAUUUUCAUUUAGUGCGAUUGUAGAAGUUUUGUGAUUCGAUAGUAUUGAGUAUUGGGAUUUACUUUUCCUUCUUUAACCAAAACAUAAGAUGAAUUCAGCACGUCUAGACACAAUAUUGCAUCAGACAUUUCUAAAAUCUGAUAGGUUUCUAAGAAGAAUGCACAUCACAUGUCAGUCAGACAGACAGUCAGACAGACAGACAGACAGUCAGAUUGGUGGAGAGAGAGAGAGAGACAGUCAGUCAGUCAGUCAGUCAGAUAUUUAUUGACUUUAUAAAGAAGAACUUAAGAUGGAUCUUCUGCUUUUUUAGCUGGAAACGGACGUGCUGUGGUCUCCGUGGACGGUACCGUAGAAACAGAGCAAACAGUAAAUAGAGAAUAUUGAUUCUACGGAAAAUUAUCUCUUCUAAAAACUCUCCUCCCCUCCCCUCCCCUCCCCUCCUGAUUGGCUGCAGCAGCGAGAGACAGAGGAGGAGACAGACAGACAGAGAGAGAGAGAGGGAGGGAGGGAGGGAGGGAGAGCUGAAGUAGGUCUCCAGAUCUGAGCCCAGAAGUCUUCAGGCAUGGCGGAUGUCAUACAGUAGUCGCCUCAUGUGGACCAGAUACUACGGGGGGACACGAGACCAGCAGCAGGCCCCGAAACUUCACCAGUCCUCCUCCGUCGUACCACCAGCUCUCCAACCGCCGGCAGUCCUCACCUGCAGGUGAAACAUGGCUGCCUCCUGGCUGAUCUGGGUUUUGGCGGUCGCUAUCUUCGUCUCCAUGGUGCUCCUGGCUGUCGUGUGUCUGCACUGCCGGAACAAAGGCCCUCUGGUCUCCAUCAGGCAGGCUUCAGAGGACUACAUGCCAUCAAACCAGUUCAGAGUCAUCCAUCCAUCUCAUACGAACACCGACCUGAGCUCCAUCCACCCCUCCUCCAACCUGCUGUCACCUUUCUCGUCUUCUGCUCAUCCGGGAACUCAGCGGAGAUUCCCGUCCAUCACCCCGACAGAAACUGAAAGUAAUCCAAGUUAUGAGAAUCCAGCAGACGGUCCUGACUACAUAAACGCAGAGAGCGAUGCAGAAGACCCCGGCUACAUAAUCGUGUUGCCCGAAGGUGAGACUCCUCUGACCAAUCAGAGCCGAGCCUCGACGCCCAGUUCAGAUGUUCUACACGAUUAUGAAAACGUCCCAGAGAAGAGCGAGGACAGAGACUAUCUGAAUGUGGAGCCGCUGCACUUUCAACGAUCGACACCGGAUCUGUCGGCUCAAAGCGACAGCGAUGACGACGACGAUGAUGAUGAUGAUGAAGGGAACUACGUGAACGUGCACGAUGGGACUCUGACUGACUGACCGACCGCAGUGAGCUUUUAAACUGCCAUCACCGCUGUUCUUCUUCCUCCUUUAUUAAGUCACGGUGGUGUUUAUUUAAAAGAAAUGAAAAACGGAGAACGAGAAAUGACCUUUAACGGACGACAGAAACUGCUUUUCUCUCUGAAGGAUCAGCUGAAGGUUUCACAAAAACAGAGAGAGGUUUCCGCUGUGGCGGCUUUUUCUUACCAACCAGGGGCCGAAACGUGCAUCUGUAGGAAAACAACAUCUUUCAUUAUUUAUAAAUCUCACUGAGAGAAACUGUGCUCACGUCCACAGUUACCCAGAGAUGAUUGGCUGUGGUCGCGGCCUUUAAGAACGCCAAAACAAGCGCUUAAAGGUGGGGUCACCUCGAGCUCUGACUGUUAGAUCGCCAACGCCAUUUUUCAUGUUCUAUAGACCACACGUGUAUAAUCUAUGAGUAACCUUUUAAAGAGAGAUGUGUGCGAGACCUGCAUAUUUUUGUGUUUUUGAAUCAGUAUUUACGGAAGAUUAAUAUUACAAAUGGACCUUUUUCACAGCAGACAUGUUGACUUGUCAUAGUAGGAAAAGCACAGCUGAGACUGAUAACAUUAACGAUGGCUCAGUUCCAUCAAGUGUCCCA